AAAGCGACCGCAUCGCGCUCUGUUGAAAAAAAUAUAGCUGCGUGGUGGUGGUGUGAAGAGCUGCCCGAGUGCUAAUUAAGUAACUUUUGUACAUUUCUACCGGUUCCGAAUCCAAACCACAACUCCCAUCCAACAUGGUGUACCAGGUGAAAGACAAGAACGACCUCGAUGGACAGCUGCAGCAGGCAUCCGGCAAGCUGGUGGUGCUGGACUUUUUCGCCACCUGGUGCGGACCCUGCAAGAUGAUUUCGCCCAAGCUGGCUGAGCUGGCCACGCAGUACGCCGACAACGUCGUCGUCCUGAAGAUCGAUGUGGACAACUGUGAAGAUAUUGCCAUGGAGUACAACAUCUCCAGCAUGCCCACCUUCGUGUUCAUCAAGAACGGCGUCAAGGUCGAGGAAUUCGCAGGAGCCAACGCCUCGCGUCUGGAGGAAGUCAUCAAGUCUAACAUCGCUCAGUAGGGCAGCGCACAUACGUCUGGCCGUACCCUCGAUCCACCUAUGAGUUCUGUUCAUAACAUUUAGUUAAUUAUUCCAUAAGUGCAGGGUCUGCUCCGUUCCCGGUGCUCCACUCGGUCCCAGUCACUCGGAGCUGCAGUGCAGCUCGCAAUGUGGGGGAUUGCAGUGGCGGCAUCUGGAACCGCAAAAAACGUGAGAAACUAAGUGGCUUUUAAUCGUAAAAUUUGCUUAAUUAACAAAAAUAAUAAAUCACACAAAGAAUGUUCACUUUUGUAUUGAAAACAUUAAACAAACGCUUUUGUAGCCAGUUGUCCAAUAGUAAAUGCUAAAAAAAAUAAAUGUA